AUGAAGGAUUUACCAAUAUUAAGAUAUAAAAAUGAAAUAAAAGAAAAAUUAAAAGAUAAUAAACUUAUCGUUAUAAAAGGGGAAACAGGAUGUGGUAAAACAACUCAGGUGCCACAAAUAAUAAAUGAAUUAUAUUUUGAUGAAGAAGAAAAUGAUGAUAAAGAAAGUAUUGACAAAGAUGAGGCCCAAAGAAUCCUCGUGUCUUUGCCAAGAAGAGUUGCUACAAUAACUGUAGCAGAACGUGUAUCGAAGGAAAUGAAUAGAGGGAAUGUUGGUGAGUAUGUAGGAUAUAGUAUAAGAUUUAAAAAUGUCUGUUCAAAGAAAACUAAAAUAAAAUUUGUAACAGACGGAAUAUUAAUAAGAGAAAUAAUGGGGGAUCCAUUAUUAAAAAAUUAUAAAUUUAUUAUUUUAGAUGAAAUACAUGAAAGAUCUAUAAGAACUGAUGUAUUAUUAGGAUAUACUAAAAUAUUAUUAGAAAAAAGAAAAAAUUUAAAAAUUAUUCUUAUGUCAGCUACUUUUGAUAUAAAUAUUUUUAACAGCUUUUUGGGAAAUCCUCCAAUUAUAUCAAUUCCUCAUAAAAUUCAUAAAAUUUCAAUUUUUUAUCCAAAAAAUUUAAUAGAGGAUUAUCUACUGUCUAUUGUAUGUACAAUUUUACAAAUACAUUUUGAAAAUUCUUAUACCAAAAAAAAUAUGAACAGUUCAGAAUAUUAUGAACAUAACGACCUAAAAAAUGCAGACCAGGAAUUAUGUAACAAUACAGAUAUUUCAAAAAAUAAAAAUCCCAUUAACACACAAACAAAUUCAGAUUUAGUAAACGAAAAUGAUGAAAAUUAUAAUGAUAUAAUCGGAGAUAUUUUAGUUUUUUUACCUGGACAAGAAGAAAUUGAAAUGGUUAAUAUCAUGCUUAAGGAAAAAUUAAAAAUUAUUUACAAGGGAAUAUUAUUAAAAAAAUUAAUGAAUGAUAAAAAAAAUACAAAUAUAAAUGAUGAUGAAGAUAUUGUAACUAAAUUUAAUUAUGCAAUGGGAUCACUUCAUGAAAAUCCUGUUAAUGAUAUAUCUUUCCAUUUUGGUGAUACAGAAAUAAUUCCAGAUAAAAUUUAUAGCAUGAAAAUAUUACAGCUAUAUUCUUCCCUCCCUAAUAAAAAACAAAAAAUGAUUUUUGAUCCCGUUCCCCCUAACACGAGAAAGGUGAUCCUCAGUACAAACAUCGCUGAAACAUCCGUGACGAUCCCUAACAUUAAGUACGUAAUAGAUAGCGGUAAAGCAAAGGUAAAAUUUUUCGAUGAAAAAAAAGGAUGCAGUGUUUUAAAAAUUACAAAAAUAACAAAAGAUUCUGCAAUUCAACGAAGUGGGAGAGCAGGAAGAGAAGGACCAGGAAAAGUUUAUAGAAUAUACACUAAAGAGGAAUAUGACAAUAUGAAACCUUUUUUAAUACCCGAAAUAUUUAGAUCUGAUCUUACACAAAUAUAUUUGGAGCUAAAGGCAAUGAACAUAAAAAAUCCACUAGACUUUAACUUUCCGGAGAAUCCAAAAAAAGAACUUUUUAUACAUUCAGCAAAAAUGUUAUUUAAAAUAAAAGCAAUCGAUAUAAAUAAUAAUUUAACAGAAUUAGGAAGGCAAAUAUCUUUACUUCCUCUUAGUCCUAUUUAUGGGAAUAUGCUAUUAUCAGCUGUUUCUUUUAAUUGUGUUGAUGAGAUGGCUACAUUAAUAGCCCUUUUAAAUUGUGAUAGUAUUUUUUUAAAUUUUAAUUUUGACGAUGAAAUUGAUGAUACAGAUACCAGUUUAGCAACAAUGGUUAAUAAAGGGAAGGAAAAAAAUGAAAAUCAAAAUAAAGAUAAGAAUAUGAAAGAAGAUGAAAAUUAUGAUGACCUCAAAAUAAAUGAUAAAAAUAAAAUUAUUAACAUUGCCAGGAAAAAAUUAAUACAUCCAGAUGGUGACCAUUUAACAAUAUUACAUGUUUUUUAUUUAUGGGAAGAAGAGUUAACAAAUAGUGGUAAAAAACAAUUUUGUAAUAUGUAUGGAUUAAAUAAUGAAGUUUUAAUAAAUGUACAAAAAAUUAAAAAACAAUUAUUAGAAAUAUUAUCAAAUAAAUUAAAAAUAAAAAUAAAUAAAAAAUUACAUAUGCAUCAAUGGGAUAAUAUUAUGAUGUCUUUAUGUAAAUCAUGUUAUUUUAAUGUUGCAAAAAAUAUAUCAAAUUCUUCUGUCUUUAUGAAUUUAGUAACAAAAACGAAAUUACGUAUACAUCCUUCUUCUACUCUCUUUAAUUCUUUUACUAAACCCUCGUUUAUUUUUUAUUCGGAUGUUGUACAAACAAAAAGAUUAUAUGCGCGUGUUGUCACAAAAGUAGACCCUGAAUGGCUAAUCAAGUUUGUCCCAAAAAGUUUUCAAAUAGCCAAAGACUAA